UAUUAAUGUUCUAUAUCUAUAUCACUCAUCAUUGAUGUGGUGAAGCUUUUUGAUUAUUAUAUAUUUAUGGAAGGAGUCUCCAGUGUCAAUGCUUUGUAACAUUCAGUAUGUUUUUCAGCAUGGGAGAGUCCUCAGCACAGAAGACUAUGUGUUCUGCUUUCUUGGUCACAUGACCGCAUUUUGUGAAUCUUUUCGCUUAUUAACUUCAAGAGAGAGGGAAUAAAGAGAAGCUGUUGAGAAUUGAUUGAUUAUACCUGCUAUAAUUUGAGUGACAGCAGGAACUAACUAGUCUUAUAGACGUUCCAAAUCAUUAAGUGUAACCAUGUAUGAUGUUUUAUUCAUUAAUAAGUUAAAAUUGUCAUUUUCGACAAUGGGAUAAGAGGAAUAAAACAUUUCGGGUUGUGCCGUUCUUGGAAAAUAAUCGUCUGUGGAGUAGAAACUGUGCAGUUACUCCACUUCACAUUAGGCAACAUCACACCAGCCCGUAACAGCAUAUCUUGUUUAUUCCUUACAUGUUGCCAGUUUAAAUUUAAACAUUGUGUAAUGGGUAAACUGAAGACUUCAGUAAUGAUUUAGCUGUGUCGAUCUGUGCAGAAGGCAGACAGGGCUCAGUUUUGCCCUGGCUGCUUAACGUAACAGUGUGUCAUGCCCAGUGUGGGUGCUGGAUUCUAUUUCUGUGUUUGUGUAUGUGCUGCAGAUGUCUGUGGCCCAGAGGAAAGGGGACGGAGUCAGCACACUCACAGCUGAAGCUUGGCACGAGCUCUUGUUAGCUCCGGGGCCUGAAGUUCCCAUGAGGCUAAUAUUUCCUCAGGCUGAAGAGAGGCAGCCUUCAAAUUUCCAAAACAGACCUCAUAACAUUAGUAAAGUUUUUGUCAGUCAAUGUCCACUAGAACUCACCUCGGAUAUGCUUAUAUUGACAUGAAGAAGGAUAUAGAGGUGCUGAUAGCAGAGGAACGUGCACAGAUCAUCUGUAAAUAUGAUAAGGAGGAGGAGCUCACUCAUUUUUGAUCGCGUUAAUAAAAAACGUCGCUCAAGCAGAGAACCAGUGGCCAAAGCUAAAGUUCAUGGCAGGGAGGAGGGUGUUGAGAUUGACCCUUGGGAAGAUGCAGACUACAGCAUUUACAAGGUCACGGAUCGCUUUGGCUUCCUGCAUGAAGAAGAGCUCCCCACUCCAACUCUUCUUGAAGAGAAGCAAAAGCAGCUAGAGGUUGAACGCGUACAGAAAUGGUUGAAGAUGGUCAGAAAAUGGGACAAGUACAAAAACAGCGAGCGAAUGAUGAAGAGGGUGUACAAGGGGAUUCCACUACAGCUGCGAGGUCAAGCCUGGAGCCUACUGCUGGAUGUGGAGAAAGUUAAGAAGGAGAAUGAAGGGAAAUAUGAGAGAAUGAUAGAGCAAGCCAAGAUCUACUCCACAGAAAUUAAACAGAUUGAUCUUGAUGUGAACAGGACCUUCCGAAACCAUAUCAUGUUCAUGGAUCGAUUUGGAGUCAAGCAGCAGUCUCUGUUCCACGUGCUCACUGCAUACUCCGUAUACAACACGGAGGUGAGCUACUGCCAGGGAAUGAGUCAGAUAGCUGCCAUUCUGCUGAUGUACAUGAACGAGGAAGAUGCAUUCUGGGCCAUGUCCCAGCUGCUGACCAAUCAGAAACACGCCAUGCACGGUUUUUUUAUCCCUGGAUUUCCCAAACUGCAGAGAUUCCAGAACCACCAUGAUCAGAUUCUGUCCAAACUCCUCCCUAAGCUGAAGAAGCAUCUGGACAAGGAGCAGAUGUCCAGCGGCAUUUACAGUACUAAAUGGUUCCUGCAGUGUUUUAUUGACCGGACACCGUUCACCCUGACCUUACGCCUGUGGGACAUCUUUAUUCUUGAGGGAGAGAAGAUCCUCACAGCCAUGGCUUACACCGUCCUUAAACUGCACAAGAAGCGUUUGUUGAAGAUGUCACUGGAGGAGCUGAGAGAGUUCCUACAGGAGAAGAUUGCCGAAUCCUUCGAGCUCAGCGAUGAUAUAGUCAUCGAGCAGCUUCAGGUCUCCAUGACAGAGUUGCGCAAAAUGAAGCUGGACCUUCCUUCUCCAGCUAAGCCAGAUGAGCUGCCACGGAAGCCACUUGGUGUGGAGCGGCCUGUACUGCUGACCCCUAUACGACCCCACAACCCGAACCUGGAUCAGGAAACACCAGACAAGAGCCAGCUAGCCAAACGACCUCCAACUUCGCUCCAGAUCUCAGUCCAGGAAUCGAUUGUUCCUGAUCAGGGCUCCCCAGAAGUUAAGUGGCCCUAUCAGGAUAGGGAAAUAGACAGCGUAUCUCCAUUUCCCUCUCCUGACCCGGUGCUAGUGCAUACUGAGAUCGUUUUUGGCCCAGAUGGAGUGAUGGAAGCUCCUGAAGAGCAGCCACCACCGUAUGAGCCUCCUAAAAAUGUUGAAGCGAAUGACUCUCCACUUCCUUCCCACCUGGCCAUGAAUACUUGUGGAACUUCAGCAGAAUCAGCACAUUUAGAUGCACCUCAGGACAUUUCGCAAGACACUUUGCAGGCUUCAGUGGAGGAUGGUUUAUUUGUAAUGCACCCAAGCAAGUGCCAGUUGACAUUAUCUACAGCCUCGGCGCAAGAAUCCCAAUAUGAGAACCUCCCAGAUACAGAAAUGGUGGAAACCAGAGAAGAGAAAAAAUUUGUGUCAGAGAAGUCUGUGGUAUUAACUCAGAACUCUGCUUUUAUUAAACUUCCCCACAUAGACGCUGCACAACAGUCAUCUUCCCCACACAGAGAGGUUUCAUUAUCCACAGCUGGAAGGAAACUGAUGACUGUUCACUCAGAGCCGCUGUUUGAGCGCCAUGAUCUACCCAAUCUGCCCAAAUCAGAGACUUUUUAAGCCAGCUAUUGAUUUUUUGACUUUUGUGAGACCUUUAGAAUUUUAAGAAUCCUUCUCACUGUUCCAUGUCUUUUUUUCAAUCAUUCUUCCUAACAAUGUUUCUCAAUUUCUCAAAGGGAUGCCAAAUUUUACCUCCAAAAUGAAGGACUACAUUACUGCACCACAUGGGCAAUAUAAUACAUUGUACUGUGCGUGGGUAGAGACGCAUCCUAAAAUCACACAAUGUUCAGUUUUCAUGCACCAGGUGGUAACUGGUUUACAAUGAUUUAUUAACUCUUAAAAAUAAUAAGGUCUUACACUCAUCAGUUUAGCCUGGAGAGGUGCUACACAAACUGUCCAGGAAAAGUCUUAAAUCUUUAACAAGUCACUCAAGUGUUGCUUAAACCAAGAAAAGGGUUUAAAUAAAGUGAGCCGGCUCACUGUUAUGCAUGAGCCACAAAUAUCAUCCUCAGCCUUGUAAUAUAUUUUUAAAUUUUUUUGUUAAUUUAUUUAUUUUUUGCUUUUUUGUCCUAGUUCCAACAGAACAAUUGGUGAACUGAAAAUUCUUGGCCAAAAUAAAGCCACAAAUCCAGGAUCUAUUGCACAGACAUCUGAAACCAAAAGAAACUGAAAAGUACUUUAUUAUUAUUAUUAUUAUUAUUAUUUAUCUUUUUGUUACUUAUCUUUUACAUAAAUUGCAAUUCAUCUUUUAUGCUUUCAAGCAUUAAUCAAUGCUUAAAUUUUACAAAAAGGCAGUAAAUUACAUUACUUCGUAAUUACAUUACUUCGCCAAACUGAGCUGAAAAAAAUAUUAUCUAGACUGCAUUUCUUUUAACAAUAUGUGACAACUGUGUAAAGUAAGUCUUUACUUUAACCUCAACUCUUCUUCUUCAUCUCUAGAAAUGAUAACUUGUGUGGCAAGAUGGAAGCAAAUAUUUGUUUACCAACUAUAAUAUGCCAUUUUCCAUGUGACAACUUCAUGUAAUAAAACACACAACACACAUCUCUCAUUUUUCUCAAAAGAUCAGGAAAUGUAUUUUGAUAUAUUUAAUAAAACACUUUUUAUGAAUACUGCACUAGCCAUGUUAAGGGAAGAAUUAGCCAACAUUUUGUGCCAGAAGGAUUUUCUGUGCCACUGAAGUCCUAAGUGUUAAUAUACUGUAAGGAUACUUAGUUUAUAUUUGUGUGAACAUUUUGUAAAUGAAGGUAACAAACUUUUUGAAGUAUUGUAUUUUAAUGCUUUUAGGCUUUUGUAUCCGUAGGCUUUUAGACAUUUGUAUAGUUUAAAUUAUAUUAAUACAGGUACUGUUAAAUUCACAAUUUAAAAAAAAAGUAGGUUUUUUUUACAUAUUAUAUUUAAUAUUGGUUCUGUCUUAUCAGUGUUAUACUUUUUGUGCAACAUUAACUGAAUGCUGUGCAGAACGCUUUAGGCCUUAGGAUGAAUGUUUCACUUUUAUUGGUUCAUGCAAUUUAGUAUGCAGCUGCAGUCAUUUGUGGCAUAAUGCGACUUUUCCUUGCCAAGUAUAACAUUUUAUAAGCAGCUUCAUCCUAGUACUCUGAGGGUAAUUUAGUGCUUUUGCCUGUAAGAAAGACUUAUCAUUAUGUAGACUAUUUUUCGUGUACUCUUAAAAGGCAUUAAUUCAUUUUGCAGCAAAGUCAAAAAUAAAAUCUGCAGACUUGUGUGCACGUCUGGGUAACAUAGCAAUAUACAGUAAAAAAAAAACUUCCUAUGAGUGAUUUAUUGUGUAAAUAAUUAAGAUUGUCUUAAUAAAGUGGGUGUGUAGGAUUACAUCACUAAGCAAAUCACUGAAAAAAACAUCAGUGCAGUGAUAAAACUCCUGGGCAGUUGUAAAUGUUAAUUUUUUUUUUUUAAAUAGGGAUUCUCUGAUGCUACCUUUCCAGAUUUGUACCAAUUUGUAUCAACCUUUAAUACCACAUGCUUUAGUACCACAUGCUUUAGUACCACAUGCUUUAGUACCACAUGCUUUAAUAACAUGUGCUUUAGUACCACAUGCUUUAAUACCACAUGCUUUAAUACCACAUGCUUUAGUACCACAUGCUUUAGUACCACAUGCUUUAAUACCACAUGCUUUAGUACCACAUGCUUUAAUACCACAUGCUUUAGUACCACAUGCUUUAAUACCACAUGCUUUAGUACCACAUGCUUUAAUAACAUGUGCUUUAAUAUCACAUGUUCUGCUGACUCAUAUAUGUGCUUUUAUUUUGUACAUCUUCUCAUCUUGAAACAUUAGUGUUAUAUUGCAUAAUAAUCUUUAUAAUCAGUUUGGUAUUUCUAAUUACCAUAGUUCAUAUUACAUUACAUGAUUUUUCUAGCCUAUUUCUAGCCCAUUUAAUUUCAGUAAAAUGAUGAUGCCAAUAUUGUUUGUCAGUAAAUAUAUCUUAACCACUAUAUUAAUGUCGUAUUAUCCCACAACCCCACUGAGCAGCACUGGUGUAUUCCUGCUCCACAGAUUCACUGUAUGUUCAGCUCAGUAACUCAAUAUGCACUGAAGUCCAGUUCAAAAUAUUAGCUCUAAUAGCUUAGAUCUUCGCUCUUAAAUGAUUGUCAGUUGUGUAACAUCUCUUUCUUUCUUUUCAUUUUUGCUCAGAAUGCUCUCAUUUUAUUCUGAAGGAUGUGAAGGAUACCUGUAUUUUUCUGUACAUUCCUUUGUAAGGAGUUUUGAGAGCUCCAACCAAAAUGCUUUGGUUUUAUUUACUCUGUAUAUUGUAAAGAUAUUUAAUUUACAAAGGUGUUGAAGCUUUCAAUGGCAGAAAUAGACAUUUUCUUCA